AUGGAUUAACAAAUUUAUACAAUUGUAGGUGUGAUGUCAGGAACUUCACUUGAUGGAAUAGAUUUAGCAUUAAUUCAAUUUGAAAACAAUAAAUAAAAAUGGUAAUAUAAAAUAUUGAAUGCUCAAACUUAUUUAUAUGAACAAACUUGGAUUGAUUUACUUAAAAAUGCUCAUACCUUAUAAUAAUGUGAAAUAGAAAGUUUUAAUCUAAAUUAUACUCAUUAUUUAGCAUAAUAAAUUAAUAAAUUCAUAUGUUAAUAUUAAGAUAUCAAAAUUGAUGCUAUUUGUUCUCAUGGACAUACAAUAAUACAUAAACCAAAAGAUGGAAUUACAAUAUAAAUAGGAAACUUACCAAUUUUAUCUCAACUUAUUAAAAAAACAGUUGUUUGUGAUUUUAGAGUUUAAGAUGUUAAAUUAGGUGGAAAUGGAGCACCAUUAGUACCAAUUGGAGAUAGAAUUCUAUUUCAUAAUUAUCAUUAUCGUAUCAAUUUAGGUGGAUUCUCAAAUAUCUCAUUUGAAAGAGAUAAUAUUACUCUUGCAUAUGAUAUAUGCCCUGUAAAUACAGUUCUAAAUAGACUUGCUUUUCCUAAAAACUUUGAUGAAAAUGGAGAUUUAUCAAAAAGUGGAAAUGUCAAUAUAAAUUUAUUAGAUUAAUUAAAUAAUUUGGAAUAUUAUAAACUUUCACAUCCAAAAAGUUUAGGAGUAGAAUGGGUUUAUGAUUGUAUUUUACCUUUAAUUGAUUCAUUUAAUCUAUCUUAAUAAGAUAAACUUUGUACAUUUUGUGAACAUAUUGCAUAUUAGAUUGGAAAAUCUAUAGAGAAGAAAGAUAAACAAGUUCUAUUUACAGGAGGUGGUGUAUAAAAUAAAUAUUUAAUGGAAAGAAUUAAUCAUUAUGUUAAUAAUGUUUAAAUCUUAGAUCAAUAAUCAUCAGAUUUUAAAGAAGCUUUAAUUUUUGGAUUACUUGGAGUAUUAAGAUUAAGAAAUGAAAUUAAUGUAUUGAGUAGUGUAACAGGAGCAAUUCAUGAUCAUUCUAGUGGAUAUAUUUAUAAAUAUUAAGAUAAUUGA